GGAAGUGAGGAAGGUGUGAGGCAUCGCUACUUCCUACUGACCAGCAAAAACGCAGACGGCGAAAUGAGAUGGAGACAGAGUUUCGAAAUGUCGAGAGUGAACAACACAUUGACGUGUGGCCAAGUUCCCACCACAGAAUGCCUCUCUGCCAUCAUUUGUGAUGUUUUUCUGACAUCUUUAUCCACGCCGUCAUCACUCAUCUACCAUCUUUAGGAGCAUUGAUACCCGGGGGUACGAGACCGUUGACGAUCAUAAGACCAGAAGAUGGACCUUGAAACGAGCACCGACUUGAUCUCCUUAGAACGUUCUCUGCCCAGCAAUGCGUGCACAGCAACAAGCGACUGUGAUCAAUCAACCAUCUCGGAUGAUCCAGAUGCAGACGAGUAUGCGCGAUGCCAUGGCCUCACCGUUGACAGCUUGAAGCUGGAUCCAUGGAAAGGUGUACUCGAGAGGGAUGCGCGUAUCGCGGCAACUCUCAUUCAGACCGAGUUCGGAGAACUAAUCGAAACGGAAAAUCCCCUUGAAGAGCUCGCUUUUCGGCCCAUCCUCGGAAAAGCAGAACAAUGGUCUGUGUCAGCAGAGUCUCUUGCACUCCUUCAACAAAUCUGUAAGCCUUGUACAGACCGAGAGGUAGCGGAGCAUAUGGCAGAACUGUGCUUCGCUGAGACCGCCGAGUUGAAGCUCAAGAUCGAACAGCCUGUGCUGCGGAGUGAUCACCAGACGGACUGCAGAAGGCUGGAGAGACGGAUCAAGGCCUUUCAUAAGGUCCCGCUACCAGACCAUCAUCUUCCAUUGCAUCCGGUCGAUAUUGAACAAGGGGAAGGUCUCGAGUUUCCUGAAAGCGCGCGGAAAGGCGACGAGGCACUUAUGGAGAGUCUUACCAAGGAGACAAUCGAAGUCACCAAGGACACGCUGAUGUUCUUGGUUCAGAGUCUCAAGGCAGACUGGGGUGACGAUGAAGAGCGUGACCUCAUGGAAAGCGUCUCAACGUACAGCGGGCUGAACAGGGUAGAGCCUGUAACCCCUCCGCUGAGUCCUCGAACACGCCCCGAACCAGAGUAUCAUAUUCCCGAUGACACAACCUGUGCGGUCCCUAUUCUAUCUGACCCAGACUCUUCUUUGAGCGCAGAGUUAGAGGCAGUAGAAGGAAAGAUCCUGUCCAAAGACAACAACUUCUGGAGCGGCAUUGCUUCCCAGAAGUCCAAGUCACCGGACAGAUACGAUGAUAUCGACGUAUCGGGAAUGAUAAGAGCCGGGGAAUUUUCGGUGCCCAGAUCAUCUUCGUCUUCCCCGGAACUGAUUGCUCGGGAUUUCAAGAUUGAAGUACCUCUGCUGCCGAAUGAUGGCCUUGUAAUUGAAGACAAGGCUCCUCCCCGCGUCCUGCUACCAGAGGACCUGAAAGAGGCCAAGGAUCUCAUGGCCAGCGACACAGUUUCAAGCAAAGGAGGUGAGUUGGAUGGCCGACUGGACGACUUCUUUGAAGAAACCGCAACAAGAGUGAUGCGCUCUGUUGAGCAGGAGCAACUUCAGCCACUUGACGCAACCGCACGAGUCACAGCUCCAGUGAUGGAUUUCUCCAUUCCUGUCCGUGAAUGGGACGAACACUUUUGGACUGCCCAGGUCAUGUUUGAAUGGAUACGGAAAACAACUGACGUUGACUGGAAGGGCAUCAAAUGGCGAAAAGACAACAUCAAGGAGCAGCAAAUGGUAUGGGCCCCCUUGGCCCACAUGGCCGAGAAACAAUUGACAACAGAGGCGGUUGAGGUUGUUCCAAGUGUUCUUGCUUACUUCCUGGAGGAACCGUGGGAAGGCGAGAUACAAACAAGUGCCGAUUUCGUCAACACACAACCCAGGCUGUUGUUCCUGCGUAGGGAUGAAGAUGAUAAAGAUGAACUCCUUGAGGAGAGAUCAAGGGAACCCAGCGUCCCCCCAUCAAAAGAAUUGGUCCUCUCAAGCACGAGCAUCAAGACAGUCCGUCCUUGCAGUAGGUCAGCCCAUGCCUUCCAGGCUCAACAAUCCAUGGAUGUACAGACUAGGCAGGGCUUGACGUCGCCCCCUCUUGCCAUGUUGCAAUCUCGAGACCUGACAAGCCUUUUGCGUGGAAAGAAGAGGCAACUUGGACCCAUCCAACGGCAGUCGUCACCAGUUACCGGACCUCUGAUCCGGGUCCUCGACAUAACCAAUCAUGACGUGCCAAACUCGACACACGUACUGAAGGGUUUUGAGAACGAGUAUAUGGACUUCGGCUCGCUUGUGGAAAAUUUCGUCGAAAUGAACAUGCCAAAAAAGGCCAAGCUCAGCCAUAGCCGCUUCUUCAACCGACCGGCGCUGCCCCAGCCAGAAUCCGCAGCCGUCUCCAACACGAAGCCCACGGAACCCAAGGCUCAACCUGCGCCCGCAAUCAUUCUUGCUGUUUCUCCGGACAUCGUCCCCCCCAAAACUCCGCCUCGGAUAAUCGUGUCUGCUGCAGUCUCUAAUAUUGUCACGAGCCAUCUGGAGAAACUGGUGCCAGGAAUUGACCUCAUCGUACGCGACCAUGAGCGACUCAGGGCAGAAAACGCGCCCCCGGGUAGCAAACAGCCAAAUUGCGACGAGGCCGACUUCGUCUUGUCCCCAGCCACAGGGAUUAUAGUUACGACCAUGAUAAAACUAAGACAGAAACCCCUCCCCGCAGCCCCAGGCCAACAACAGCAACUACAACAACAGCCAACCUUCCGCAAUGUAGUCGAGAACGUAGCAAUACGUCAUGAACGGCUGAUCGUUCUCAUCUCAGAGGGAAACAAACACAGUGAGACCAUGAAUCCGCUCUCCCCAUCUGAUACGAAGGCCCUCACCGAGUUCCAGUGUUUCGCAAGUGCGCUACAGGCGCAGACUGACGUGUGCGUCUAUUAUGCUGGCGGAGGCACCGAGACGCUGGCCAAGUGGGUAGCAGCUACAAUAUGCGAUUAUGGAACUGAAGCUCAAGAGUGGCAGAGCAUACUGCUGCCUGUGGAAACAGGUUGGGAGCUUUUCCUGCGGAGAGCGGGAAUGAAUGUUUUUGCUGCGCAGGUUGUCCUUGGGAUGCUCAGGGUUCCUGAUGACGAGGUUGCGAUUGGUGGAAAAGAGGGUAAGCUGUACGGCUUGCCGGCCUUCCUGAUGAUGUCGAAAGACGAGAGGGCAGAGAAGUUUGCGGAAAUAUUUGGUGGAAGGAGGCUUCUGGAUGCAGUGAGUGGUGUGGUUGAUGAGCCCUGGGGAGACGGAAAUGUGAUAGAGGUGGACAACAGCGGGGUGAGUCAGGAUAAGGAGGUUGCUGAUAUUUUCAGUGAUGAUAUCGAAUUCUCUGGCGGCUUAGGUCCAGAUGAUCCCAUGGAGCAGUUUUCUGAUGGGUUUGGCCACAAUUCUUCACCAUGGGAGUGAUGAGGGAACAAGGUUGAGGUGAAAGACGAAGGAAACUCACAUAGUGCUGACUGUUCACUAUGCAGCACUGCAAAAUAGACUGUCUUUCGAAGUUUUGGCCACCAAGCAAGACCUGCCGUAAGACAGACAGGAAAUGAAGUUAGCUUUAUCGCG